GGAGUGAAGUAGCAGCAGGAGACGGGGCGACCAGGAAACAUGGAUGUUUUUCAUUCAAUUGCCCUCCUCUGCAUGUUGCUUGUAGUUCCAGCACCCAUUGCAGGGGACAAUCGAUACAAGCAAGGCGCUUCAGUGAUGUUGUAUGUAAACAAGGUGGGACCAUAUCACAACCCACAGGAAACAUAUCACUACUACCAGCUACCAGUGUGUGCCCCCCCACAAAUCCGCCACAAGAGCCUGACAUUGGGAGAAGUUCUGGAUGGAGAUCGAAUGGCAGAAUCUAUGUACAAGUUUACUUUCCGUGUUAAUGUUGAGAGGGAACCUCUAUGUGAGCUGAAACUGGCUGUUAGUCAGGUAGAAGAGCUUCGUCAGGCCAUUGAAGAACUCUACUACUUUGAGUUUGUGCUGGAUGAUAUACCGAUCCGUGGCUUUGUAGGCUACAUGGAGGAGAGUGGCUUCUUGCCACACACUCAUAAAAUUGGCUUGUGGUCUCACUUGGACUUCAACAUUGAGUAUAAUGAGGACCGUAUCAUAUUUGCCAAUGUUAGUGUUCGAGAUGUGAAACCUUUUAGCUUGGAUGAUGUCAGAGAGCCUCUUAGUUUGACCCACACAUAUAGUGUACGUUGGUUCCCAACCACUGUGACUUAUGAAAGGCGUGGGGACCGUCUCAGGGACAACAGUUUCUUUCCCAAAAGUCUGGAGAUUCAUUGGCUCUCUAUCAUUAAUUCCAUGGUACUAGUCUUUUUGCUUUUGGGUUUUGUGGUCAUCAUUCUCAUGCGUGUUCUCAAAAGUGAUCUGGCACGGUACAACCUAGACGAGGAAGGGACGGAUGACAUGGAACAAGGUGACAACGGAUGGAAGAUCAUUCACACAGACGUUUUCCGCUUUCCCCCAUAUAGAAGUCUGUUGUGUGCCAUACUUGGAGUAGGUUCCCAAUUCCUGGCACUUGGAACAGGUAUCAUAGUAAUGGUUCUUCUGGGAAUGUUUAAUGUGCACAGACAUGGUGCUAUAAAUUCUGCUGCUAUAUUACUGUAUGCACUCACAUGCUGUAUCUCUGGCUACGUGUCCAGUAAUUUCUAUAGGCAGCUGGGUGGAGAUCGUUGGGUAUGGAACAUUGUACUCACUACAAGCCUUUUUUCAGCCCCAUUUUUCCUGACCUGGAGUGUAGUGAAUUCAGUUCAUUGGGCCAAUGGCUCAACACAAGCUCUUCCAGCAACCACAAUCCUCUUGCUUCUCACUGUGUGGCUCUUAGUUGGAUUCCCGCUUACUGUAAUUGGAGGAAUCUUCGGUAAAAAUAGUGCAGGAAACUUUGAGGCUCCAUGUCGGACCAAGAACAUUGCUCGAGAAAUCCCUUCCCAACCUUGGUAUAAGUCAGCGCCAGUCCACAUGGCUAUAGGAGGCUUCCUACCGUUUAGUGCAAUCUCUGUGGAGCUGUAUUACAUUUUUGCUACUGUCUGGGGCCGAGAGCAGUACACACUGUAUGGGAUUCUGUUCAUCGUAUUUGCCAUUCUACUGAGUGUAGGCGCCUGUAUUUCUGUGGCACUGACAUACUUCCAGCUGUCAGGUGAAGAUUAUCGGUGGUGGUGGCGAUCAAUUCUAAGCACGGGAUCUACUGGAGCUUUUAUCUUUCUCUACUCUGUCUUUUACUACUGGCGUCGGUCUAACAUGUCAGGGGUGGUUCAAAGUGUAGAAUUCUUUGGUUACUCUUUCCUAACGGCAUAUGUUUUCUUUCUCAUGCUUGGAACUGUCAGCUUCACAGCAUCACUUCGAUUUAUCCGCUAUAUAUAUGUAAACCUCAAAAUGGACUAAAAUCAUGAGCCAAGCACAUCAAUUGUGCUUUAACGUCUAUAUAUGGAUUAAUGGACCAAUUACAGAGGAAGCGGCUGAAGAUCCUGUACCUGCAGCUCCAAAGGCCACUCGGAUACAGCUUGAUGUAAGUGGAGCAUGAGGAGAUAAAAUCACAGAGAUACUUAGGUAAGAAGAGGAAAGUGCAGCAGUGAGACUGGAGAUGCAAGUAAACCAAGCAAUAAACGGAUUACAGGAAAUUCCAGAAAGCCUCUUGAUAGAAGCUGUCUCACUGCUGACUGUUUAUUUCCAUUCAUGCCCGUCUCUUAUACUGCUAAAAUUGUCUUUCUGCAAAGUCUUCUUUGCUGUCAUUAUUUGGUCUCCCACUGCUACUGCAGAUUAGGUUCUUCGUCUGGAGAUCUUGUUUUCUGACAUAAGGGAAAGUUUCGGUUGCUUUUUAUAAGUCAUUGGAAGACUCCUUACUCUGGCUUGAACACUUGCUCUGGUCUGUUAGUUUUGUAAGAUGGUCUUGUGGGCUUUCUCUGGCCUGUUUCCUUUCAGACAGUCUCCUGCAUUCUACUGGACUUCUGUAAAAAUAUAUAUAUUUAUAUCUUUUUGGUUUCCUU